AUGGCGUACAAUUCGCUGACUGAGGCUCCUCACAACCUCAAGGAGGGUAUUGACUGGUUGGUCGCCCUGAAGGGAAAAGAUGCUGAAAAGAGCUUGGCGGCUAUGGGUGACGCCAUUCACAAGUUCCUUGCGGAUAAGCCUGUCGGCAAGAUGAAUGUGCCAGCUCUAGAGAAGGUAAAACUUAUUACUAAGGAGUUCCUGGAAAAACCGGCACUUAAUUAUAUAUGGCCCGCCAACGAGCUGCUGAGGAGAUUCAAGGGGCCUCUGAGUAAGGAGCAUCCUGGCUUUUUCGCUAGCUGCUUUGGAGGUACAAUCGAAAGCGACUAUGCGAAUGUCGUGCAGACCAAGAAUCUAACUGCUGAAACUAUCGCAAAGAAACUAGGUAAAGUCGUGGAUGGUUGUGAGAAGUUUUUAGAAAACGUAAAGAACCCUGAUGAGUACAAGUCUUCUUACAGUUCAGAAGCUUCGUGGGAGGCAUCAUGCGCAAAGGACCCGGAAGCCUGCGCAGUGGUCCUGGUGGGGAUCGCGCCGAUGCUGUACGCAGGUCUACAUUCUUUGCUGUUUGCGUGCAAUGAUGAAGCCUUGAAAUACGUGCGGUCUUAUCCAAUUAGGAGUAGUUUGGAAGAGAUAUUGAGAGCUGUGGGUUACGAGGGGCCGGAAUGCUGCGCUAAAAUUAGUGGUCCUUAUGUAUUAAAGGCGUUGAAAGGCGUGAAUUCGACAGUAUUAUCCACAAUCUACGACCUCGCUGGUUUCUGGGCUUUCUAUUGA